CCGGGAUCUUUCUCACACAAACACACAGCCGAUGAGGAGGGAAACCUGAGUCGCUGCUCUGGCCUGUCCCUCCGCAGACACCGUAGCCCUUAACGCGCAUGCUCGGCGAGGCCUUCUCGUACACCUGAACGCAGAGCCUCUGAGGGGAACCUAGGCUGAGGCGAAGAUGUCGGGGGUCCCCGCGGUGCGGAUCAGCAUCGAGUCGGCCUGCGAGAAGCAUGUUCAGGAGGUGGGCCUGGACGGGAGCGAGACCUACCUGCAGCCGCUCUCCAUGUCGCAGAACUUGGCCCGCCUGGCGCAGCGCAUCGACUUCAGCCAGGGCAGCUCCGGCUCCGAGGAGGACGAGCCCGCCGCGGCCGCCGGGGGAAGAGAGUGGCCCGGGGCCGCAGGAGGGGAGGACGAGGAGGAGGAAGGUUUGGUAAAGUUCCAGCCUUCGCUCUGGCCCUGGGAUUCAGUGAGGAAUAACUUGAGAAGCGCUUUGACAGAGAUGUGUGUGCUCUAUGAUGUUCUCAGCAUUGUCAAGGAUAAAAAAUUUAUGACUCUGGAUCCAGUUGUGCAAGAACCACUUACCCAAAAGCAGAAUCAAGUUUUGCAGCUGAUCUCCAAGAAGAAGUCGUUAGCUGGAGCAGCCCAAAUUCUUCUGAAGGGAGCAGAAAGGUUAUCUAAAUCGGUUGCAGAGAGCCAGGAAAAUAAGCGACAGAGAGACUUCAACUCUGAGUUACUAAGACUGAGGCAGCACUGGAAGCUGAGGAAGGUCGGGGAUAAGAUCCUUGGGGACUUGAGCUACAAAAGUGCAGGGUCUCUCUUUCCUCAUCACGGUACAUUUGAGGUCAUAAAAAACACAGACAUUGAUUUGGAUAAAAAGAUUCCUGAAGAUUACUGUCCAUUGGAUGUUCAAAUCCCAAGUGAUUUAGAGGGAUCUGCCUAUAUAAAGGUGUCUAUUCAGAAGCAAGCACCCGAUAUAGGGGAUCUGGGUACAGUAAAUCUGUUUAAAAGGCCGCUUCUGAAAUCAAAGCCAGGGGCUCUGCAUUGGCAAACGAAGCUGGAGACGGCACAGAAUGUAUUGCUGUGUAAAGAAAUCUUUGCUCAACUGUCUCGAGAAGCUGUACAAAUUAAAUCUCAGAUUCCCCACAUAGUUGUGAAGAACCAAAUAAUUUCCCAGCCAUUUCCAGGCUUGCAGCUGUCCAUUUCCUUGUGUCACUCUUCAGAUGACAAGAAAUCCCAGAAAUCUGCUUCCGAUAAGCAAAGUCCAGAGGAUCAUCUUUACGUUCUAGAGCAUAAUUUGCACCAGCUGAUUAGAGAGUUUCACAAGCAGACCCUGAGCUCCACCAUGAUGCCUCACCCAGCUAGUGCACCUUUUGGCCAUAAGAGAAUGAGACUAGCGGGGCCUCAGGCUUUUGAUAAAAAUGAAAUCAAUUCCUUGCAGCCAAGCGAGGGGCUGCUAGAGAAGAUUAUAAAGCAGGCAAAACACAUCUUUCUGAGACGCAGAACUGCUCGAACCAUCGACAGUCUUGCCAGCCGUAUUGAGGAUCCACAAAUUCAGGCGCACUGGUCAAACAUCAAUGAUGUCUAUGAAUCAAGUGUCAAAGUCCUGAUCACCUCUCAAGGUUAUGAGCAGAUAUGCAAGUCCAUUCAGCUGCAACUGAAUAUUGGCGUUGAGCAGAUCCGAGUAGUGCAUAGAGACGGAAGAGUAAUUACGCUAUCCCACCAAGAACAAGAGUUACAAGAUUUUCUUCUCUCUCAGAUGUCACAGCAUCAAGUGCAUGCAGUCCAGCAGUUAGCCAAAGUUAUGGGAUGGCAUGUGCUCAGUUUUGGUAAUCACGUGGGUCUGGGCCCAGUGGAGAGUAUUGGCAAUGCGUCAGCCAUAACUGUGGCGUCACCAAAUGGAGACUAUUCUAUUUCAGUACGCAAUGGUCCAGAAAGCGGCAGCAAAAUUAUGGUUCAGUUCCCACGCUCCCAGUGUAAAGACCUCCCCAAAAGCGACGUGCUUCAGGACAGCAAAUGGAACAACCUUCGUGGCCCAUUCAAAGAGGUUCAAUGGAACAAAAUGGAAGGACGCAACUUUGUAUACAAAAUGGAACUCCUCAUGGCGGCCCUGACACCCUGCUCCUAGGCCUAGCGACGAAACGAAAAGGACUAUUGUUUUGGCACAAAAGGGAAUGAAUCUCUUACACUCCUGAUAGUUGCCAAGUUGCAUAACCUGUGAAAUGCCAUUAAUUUCAUUUCUCUCCCCCCCGCCCCUUUCUGGAAGCAAUUUCUCCUGCCAUUUCUGAAUGUUGAAUUAAACUGUGCCGUUGUCUUGCCCGAGUCCCAAGUUCUUGAUGAAUAGUUCAUGAGGUUUGUAAAAUGGAACUCGUCUUUGCUUCCAUCUUUACAAAGGGGUUACCUGGACUGCUUCCGUAGAAAAUGUGGUUAUGCCCAGCUUAGCAAAGGCAGCCCAGAAUGGGCUGGAACAUUUCUAUACAUUUAGAGGAGGUCUUUGCCAUAGUAGUAGUUACUUCCUCAGUGCUCAGAUCUGCAUCUGUGACUCUUGAUAACUGCUGAAUAUAGGCUUAGAUUUAUUUUUUACACACCACCUGUGAAGGUGAAAGAUUGCAAAGUGGAAGAAAACUUUUACAAUCUCUUAUUGAUCCCACCUUGAAUUCAGGAGCAAAUGCCACUAAAUUCAGAGGGGAUCUGAGCUGGUGGGGAUUAGAUCGGAUGGGCUCUGUGUGAUGUCUCGGUCCUAAAACCAAUGAAAAUGUAUGUUCAGGUAAUAACUCUUUAAUAAUGAUGAUCAAAACACUUAACAAGGCAGCUUAUUUGUCAGUUUUAUUCCUGAAACAUUCACCAACAGCCACAGCUAAAGACAGUUGCGAGCACCACUGAGUUUAACCAUUCUAUUGGAAUGCUAUUGUCAUUCCAAAGACAUACAAGCACAGGGAAUUAAAUGUAAAAUAUCAAUGCAAGCUUGUGGCAUAGUGUCUGUAGUACUGUAUUUAGAAGUUAGAAAGCCAUAUUAAAAUCCCCACUGAGCCAUAUCACCUUCUUGAGUGUCAGAGAGAAGAGGAGGGAUAGAAAUAAGUAAAUGGGAUGCUCAUCUUGUCCUCUAACAUCAAAAGGUCAAUGAGAGGACUUGGGCUUCAGCAUCCUUAUAAUGUUGGUUUAGUCUUUAAAUUAAUCACCCAAUCAUUGGUAACCGUUUUUGAUGUGAGUUGCCCACUACUACUUUAAUAUGUUUUAAAAAUGUAAUAAGUUUAAUAAACAGUUGCACCUUC